GUUACAUGUCUUUCUCUUUUUGUCAUUGUCGCUCUAAUUCUCUCUCUUUAUCUCAUUCUCAAAAAUCAUACAUACAGAGAAAUUCCGAAUUUAUCGUUUAAUCAAAUGAGGGAGACACAUAUCCGUUUGUUAAAGUAUCUUUUCGAGUCAGUCAAAUGUUGAAAAUGUCGAGACGAUUCAGAAUAUGAUUUAUUUGGCAUGUAUGCGCUUCCGUAACAGAAAAAGUAUUUCUUAAUCGCGAAGGCUACGUAACUGUGUGAUAGCUUGGAGAUCAUUUGUGGCUGUGUCUCAAACUGUGAACACACAUGACAAUGAGUCUGUUGUUUGUGGAAAUCUUAGGGAUUGUAGUCGCUGUGUGUCUUUGUAUACUCGUAACUGUAGCCUGGUAUUUUCAUCGUCAACAUCAAAAGUAUGAUCAUCUACCCGGGCCACCCCGGGACAGCUUCUGGAAAGGGAACAUUCCAUCUAUCGAAAAAGUAAAAGCUGCCGGUGGAAUCAUGGAUGACUACUUAUUAGAAAUUUCCAAAACUUACGGGCUGGUAUUUCGUCUUUGCUUCUGGAAUGAAGUUGCAGUCAUUGUUUUAGAUCCAGAAUGCAUUAAGGAUGUUCUGGUAACUGGAAAUCACCAGAAGUCAAAACGUUUUUACUCAAGAGUAGCUAGCGUAUUUGGUUUUAACUCAUGUGUGAAUGCCACAUUUUGA